AUUGCAGAAUAUUUUUGUAGUCCAUAUGAUGACAUUUUAUGUAGCAUUAUGGAUAUCAUUUCUUCUAGUAACAGUUACGUCUUGGAAACUAAAAGCGUAUCCUUAUGCCGAUUUAAAUUUUGAACAAAAAGUAGCACACGAUGGAUAUCCUUUGGAGCAAUAUCAAGUAAAAACGAAGGACCACUACUAUUUAACCAUCUUUAGAAUACCACAUGGUAAAAGUUCAACAAACAGUACGAACCGAAGCCCAGUUUUAUUGAUACAUGGCAUGAGCGCAAGCGUAGAUAUGUUUCUACUCCAGGGCCCAGGAAAAGCAUUAGCCUACGUACUAGCAGAUAGUGGUUACGAUGUCUGGCUAUUAAACGGAAGGGGAUGUUGGAAAUCCCAAAGACAUAAGUUUUACAAUAUAAAUAAACAUCGACAAUAUUGGAAAUUCUCGUUCCAUGAAAUAGCUAUCCAUGACCUGGCUACAAACAUAGACUUUGUACUAAAGAACACAAAACAAAAACCUUUCCUUAUUGGACAUUCUCAAGGUAACACUUGUAUCUUCAUUUUACUCGCAAUGAAACCAGAAUAUAACAAUAAAAUUAAAAUGGGCGUGGCUUAUGCUCCGAGUAUCAAAAUAAUUGUAGACAAUGUUUUUGCUACAUCGGUUAUUUACAGUGUGGAAAUUUUAGAGGGACUAUACGAUUUAAUUGGAGCUGAUGAGUUAACCAUACUUCCCAACAUUAAAUCUAUUUUUAGGAUAUUGUGCAAAGAACAAUCAUAUUUUUUAACAUUAUGUUAUCAUGGUAUGGAAACAAUAGGCACACAUCAUUCUGAACUUAUAGAUAAAGAGCUUGUGCCAGCAAUAAUUAGUGCAGUUCCUCGACAAUCAGCUAUGCAAUUGUUCCAUUUUUUCCAAAUUUCUAAGAAAGGGAUAUUUGCACAAUACGAUUAUGGUUCCAUAAAAAAUGUGCAAAGAUAUAACCAAAGUACACCGCCCGUAUAUGACCUUAAUAAAGUAACAGCGUGCAUUGCUAUAUUUUAUGGAGAAAAAGACGAUAUGGUAACAGUUAAGGGUGCUUUAGAGACUAUUGAAAUACUACCAAAUGUUUGUUAUAGCCAUAAAGUUAAAUAUCCAGACUUCAAUCACAUCGAUUUUCUUUUUGCCAGCAAUGCCUCGGAGUUAGUUUAUGAACCAACAGUAAAUAUUUUCAGAAAAUACGACGCUGAACAUAGUUAAGAUGACAAGCAUCAAAUUGUUUUAACUUUACCAAAUUAUCAAAAAACAGGAAAACAUUUUGUAUUAUUGACCUUAGAUGUGGGUUUUACCUUCAAAAUAUCUUAAACUUGUCAUCUGUGUUUCUAUAUAAUAUUAUUUGGUUGUUAGUCUAAUU